CAUUGAAAUUUCAAGUCUGUUUACGAAUAGAAAUGGAAAUUUUGGCUUUUCCGAUCUUUUCGGUGAAAGCGUUACUAAACAAGUCACGUUCAUAAAAUCACGCAACGCGUAAUGAGUGGCAGGGAUCAGCGGGGGAUCAAUAUAUGUAUUCCAACAUGGCUGCUGCCCUUCAGCAACUAGGCAGAUGAUCUUGGCAGAUAAUUUACGUUUCCUUCCGUUUUAACUCAACAACAUUCUAUACUUUAACCGGUACAGCACGUUUUACGAAGCUGACUCAAGACAUUCACCGACACUCGUAGUACUCGUAGUCGUUUAGACUUUCUCGUUUAUAUAAGGAAAUUCAUCGAAUUUUUCAAGACGGAAGAAGAAAGACAGGCGUUGUCGCUUGGUUGUUUAUCUUAGGACUAUUUUCAAUAGUACUAUAAUAUCCAUAAUGGGCGAAACCAGUCCAGAAUCAAUAAUUAUGACACUACUAGAACAAGUAAGAUGCUUGGAAGAUGAGCGCGACAAAGCACUGGAACUUGCCAAAAGUUUGAAUGACAAACUUAAGUCAAAACUUGAAGGCGGAAAUCAAAAGGAACGCCAUUCAAAAAGCCCUGAAAAAAAAUUAAAGUGCACAUUAGAAACUCUCGCUACAGAGUUAGAAGAGAUUCGCCUUAAUGAAGAACAGAGACAGUUUAAUUUAACGGAGUUGAAUAAAGAGAAACGAGAAGAAGGAGGUUUUGCUGGUGAAAAAACAAUGGUGGACAUGUGCAAGGAAUACUAUGGGAAAAUGGUCACCGACCUGCAACAAGAUAGAAAAAGCCUACAGAACAAAGUGGAAGUGCUAGAAAAUCAGCUGAUAGAGAAAGACAUGCAGAUUGCUGAAAUGAAACUCAGUAUGGGGAAAAGAAGCUGAAUUGAUGAAUUAUUAGUACUUAUGAUUUUCCUAACUUUUAUAUUGCUUCAGUUCAUUUAGAUAGUCUCUUGUCCUGUGCCGUUAAUGUGGUCAAGAUGCUCUCUCGGCUCUUGAUGGCUUAUCCUUCCAUAAGACUUACUUUAUUGAUAUUUAGCAAUUUAUAGUCCUUGAGCCUAUAAAGGGGCUAUGAGUCAAUGGCCCAUGAGGUGGAAGGCAAUGCUAGAGUUACUUAAUGACUUCAACACUAGCUGCAUAGUAGACUAGUGUAUCUAUAUUAAUUUGUCAAAAAUGUAUAUAUAUCCGGCACCAAGAAUAUUUGUCAGCUCUUGCAGACCUAAUUUGCACAAUGGCAAAGGAAAAAAUAAUUCUAAGGGGCAGUUUACAUGGAGAAAACUUGCCCCUGGUAGAAGGAAUACCCUUUUCCCUGAGCUACCCUGGGCAAGCUAACUUUUCCCUAUUUUCUUUGUAAAUUCAUCUUGAUAGUUUACAUGAGAUAUUUUACUUUGCCUUGGCUAAAAGGAUCACCCUACUGCUGAUAGGGUUACCUCAUUGCAAAAGAGGGUGACCCUGGUACCAGGGACAACGUUUCUCCACGUAAAUACUUUAACUCGCCUGACUGAGACAACUUUUUCAUUUGAGCAUGCAUAUCUCCAUUGAAACCGAUAGUUGUCCUGGGUUUUAUAUAGGGACAACUUCUUUCCAUAUAAAUGCUCAAUAUAGUUGGCUCAAGUAGAAAGGUUUCCUUGCUUACCAGGGACAAGUUCUCUCCAUGUAAAUGGCCCCUAACUCUUUGACAAUUGAAUUUUUCAUAUUUAUAUAUUAUUAGGAAACACUACAAUUUUUUAUUCAUUUGUUAAUUAUGCAACAAAAUGUUAACAGAAAUUUAUUCAAUUCAAUUCAUUCGGUAAUGAGGAAUUCUGUUUGAAAUUAGGCACCCAAGUUUUCAAUAUGUGUAAAAGAAAAUAAAUAACAAUACAUAUGUAGACUAGUAAGUUAUGAAUUUCAUAGAGAUUUGGUAGCAUCAUGGUGUAUGGGUUAACCAAGUGCAUCAUAGGUUUCAUUAUAGGGACUUUAGGAAAUUUUAAAAAAACUGUCAUUGCUUAUCACCACACCGCAAGCACAGCAGUGGCGCAGCUCAAUGGGGUCAAACUGAAAGCAUGUGAAGGCACCUCUGGCAGUCACUAUACAGUCCAUGUUUGACCCUGGAGCACAACUAUGGGUUGGUUUUUAGAUGAAGGUGGAAAAACCCUUGGAGUCAGAAAGAGAACCAACCAACUCAGCUCACAUGGGGGCACUGCUAAACAGCGAAACACCGAAACGAAACACCGGAGCGAAACACCGGAACGAAACAGAGACAAAUUCGUGAUAUUACAAAUAUCAUGCAAUAAAAAAAUAAAAGAAAACAAAAUACACGAUAGUACAAUGAUAUAAAAACGAUAAAACUUAGCUUUAUGCCCGUGCUUUAUGAUCUGUGAUCCGUAUCGAUCGUUUAUUACCUUUUAUAAACAAUGUCGUUUCGCUGUCUAUCAAUGCAAUUCUUUCUUGAAUUUGAAGGAUUCCAAUGGAUCUUUUAAUAAAACAAGCAUUAGUCUUAACUGCUUCUGUCUCUAGUAUCUACACCAAAAAAAUUGUGAAAAAAAGCUAAAGCCCUCGGGCGACGCCAUGUUUAUUUAAACAAAAGCACAGGAAGCCCAGCUCUUGACAAAGGAGACCCAACAUUUUGAUAAAGGAAUCUGUCAUAAAAUAUCGUUUCCUAAACUGCAGGUGGUGAUUAUUAGUGUUUUAAAUAAUGAUAGACAAGAAGAUSGAAAGCUUAAGGUUGUUUUCGCAAGUUACCAUUACCUAUAGCGACUCUGUACAAUGCUAAUAAAAAAAUGCUUAUUGUAGUACUGUAUCAGAUUAGUAAGUAAAACGAAGUAUAUACGAUCAAUGAUCGGCGUUAUUUUGGGGCUCAGGGAUCACAUUUUAGCUAAUUUUGGGCUUGGAGA